UUGGUAUUGUUUGGGUUUGCUGGUUCCUCAGGUUAUCCUACUCUACGGAUAGAGAAGAAUGACCUUAAAAGUGUAACUUUGAUAGAGGCAAAAGCUAAAGUGAAGGAUAUAGCAAUCUCCAGAGAGAGGAUAACACUAAAAGAUGUUCUUCAGGAAGGCACAUUUGGUCGAAUUUUCCAUGGUAUUCUAAUAGAAGAUAAAGAUCCUAGUAAAGAAAAACAAGUGUUUGUCAAAACAGUAAAAGAUCAAGCUUCAGAAAUUCAAAUAACAAUGAUGCUGACAGAAAGCAGUAAACUCAGAGGUCUUCAUCACAGAAAUCUACUCCCAAUCACUCAUGUUUGUAUUGAGGAAGGAGAAAAACCAAUGGUGUUAUUGCCUUACAUGAAUUGGGGGAAUCUCAAGCUUUUCUUGCGACAAUGCAAACUUGUAGAAGCUAAUAACCCUCAGGCAAUUUCUCAACAAGACCUUGUACAUAUGGCAAUUCAAAUUGCCUGUGGAAUGAGCUAUUUGGCCCGAAGAGAAGUUAUUCACAAAGACUUGGCUGCUAGAAACUGUGUCAUUGAUGAUGCACUUCAGGUAAAGAUUACAGAUAAUGCUCUAUCCAGAGACUUAUUUCCAAUGGAUUAUCAUUGCCUUGGAGAUAAUGAAAACAGACCAGUGCGUUGGAUGGCUCUUGAAAGCUUGGUUAACAAUGAAUUUUCUGGUGCUAGUGAUGUGUGGUCUUUUGGGGUGACCUUAUGGGAAUUAAUGACAUUAGGACAAACUCCAUAUGUAGAUAUUGAUCCCUUUGAGAUGGCUGCCUAUCUAAAGGAUGGAUACAGAAUAGCUCAACCAAUCAACUGUCCCGAUGAAUUAUUUGCUGUGAUGGCUUGUUGCUGGGCACUAGAUCCUGAGGAGAGACCUAAAUUCCAGCAGCUAGUGCAGUGUCUCACUGAAUUUCAUGCAGCAUUGGGAGCUUAUGUCUGACAAUCAAUAUUCAACAAGAGAAAACAUUGCCAUCUAUUUAUGCAACUGUAACCUCUGUCUUGAAAUACCUGGAAGAAAUUUCUAUUAAUUUUUGUGGAGUCUUCGCGUAAUAUUAACAUCAGGGAAUCAACAUACUAAGCAGUAGCUUAAGUAGAGGAUCUUUUUCCAAAAUCAUUGUGCCUUAAAAGAGAUAACCCAUUUGGGGGAAGAUUUGGGGAUUAUUCAAAAUGACAAUUAUUUGAAAAAUAAAACUUUUCCGAUUUUAAAAAAGAAUUCAUGUAAACAAAUUGACAAAAAUGUAAGGUUAAUUUUGGCACUGUUAAACUAGAUGCGAACUUCAAGGAAAUAACUGAGAAAUGGGAGAUGUCUGUUCAAAAAAAAGAUUCAAGGGGGAAAAUUCACCCAUCCUUUUU